GUGUAGACUGCAAGCCCCCUUCAGGGCAUCGGCCUCUCCCUAGCUCCUAGCUCCUCAGGGCGUCAGGGAAAAGAGAUCUGCAUUAAACAAAGUCCUUCUGUGGCUUGGCCAGCCACGUCACCGCUGAGAAAAUACAAAACAUAAAGAGAUAAACUGUUUUAUUGCUCGCUAACUGCUUGCCGGGCACUCGGCCUGUCUGGAUAAUUGAGUGUUUGAUGAGUAAGCCGUACCCGGGAGUUGAUGAGGCUGUCAACACCCUGAUGGCCAAGUAGCUGGCUUGUCUGUGAGGACUUCAUUCAUGUCUUGGAGACGUAACCCACCCACCCCCUGGUUUCUUAAAUAUUUAAUAGCGGCUACAGGUAAGAUCUGACGCCUCGGGGAUGAGUCUCGGUAUGAGUGGUGAGUAUGAGGUGUGAUUAGGGAGGAGCAGGAGCAGCGGGAGAGGCAAGGAAGGGAAGAAAUAAAGGCAUACGUGAAGAGUAUGGUGAUGAUGAUGUCGCUCUGAUGAUCCCAGCGCGCGGGGCAGGUCGCUCCUUGCCACACGCCGCCACACCCACCCACGCCUCAUUUAUUUCCACAUUAUCAAGUAAUAUCAACAUCAACCAUCUUUCCUUGGCUACAAAUCAUACCUUCCGGGUUAUACUCUUCCGAAGGUAUUUGAUUUUGUCCUCAUUUAUCUGCUAUAUAGAUUUAAAAUAAUAAAAUGCGUGUAUGGAAAUGCUACCUUUUUUGUAUAUGCCCUAAGGCAUCCUACUCAAAUGGUGGCAAUUUUGUGCCAGAUUUUUAAUUUAUCUUGUUUUAAUUAUUGGCAGUGAAUUUUUGUUACCAGUCAGUCAUACCAACAUUGCGACUAUGACCUAUCGUCUGCUUUGUUCAUCUGAUAAUGCGCUUCAUAAAAGACAAAUAGUUAAGGGGUUUAUAUAUACCAAAGGAGGUUAAUGCGAUACUUGGCAACUAAGAUGGGUACGGGGCGGAGCCUAGCCUCAAGGCAUCAGUUACUCAUUGCCUUAUUCCACUAUUGUAUUUCCCUCUUGCAUCCACCAUAAUACAUUUCCUCAUGGCCCUCUUCCACAUGCAACUCUUGGCUACAACAAACACCCUACUUGGCGACAUUCCCCAGAGUCUUGUAACGGUGUUUUGGGCUCAAGAAAGCGAGAUGUAAUUGAGUGUCAGCUCGGGGUGUGGUGAAUGAGGGUAGCUUACAAUCACGUCUUAAUCUCAGUAGUGAAGGUGUCUUGGGAGGGUGUGAGUGCGCGCGCCGGCCUCUUAGCCUCUGUGAAUGAUCCAUCAUCCUCCCCCCAACACAAUCUCCAGUGACGGUGUUUUCUCCUGAGAGGGAGAGAGAGAAAAUAGGGGAUUUCGCUGCGCCACGGAGCAGGGCGUGAGAGUGUAAAUGCAAAAAUAAUUUACCAAUGAGGCGGUUUUUAAGAAAGAAGUCUUGGUGAUGGGCUGUGGUAUAGCAGUCAGAGGGUAACACCCGUCCUCUGGCAACCACCAACAUUAACCCGUUUGUUCACGAGUGGCAUGGGUGUGGUGGGGCGGGCGGCGGCGACCCUGGUGGUGCUGGUGUGGGCUAUGGUGGCCGUGGGCGGCGUGGGCGGCCAGGACAACUACGACUGGGAUUACUACGACAACGAAACCUACGACCACCCGUCCUUCUCCUCCAACACGAGUGACGAGCUGUUGUUCUCCAACACCAGCGUCUCCAACACCAGCACCACGCCCGCCAACACCACCACCCCGGCGUCGUCCGGGGUUCUGUGCGAGGAGGCCCGGAUCCGCUGCGCCCUGCGGCGAGGCUGCGGCAUGGCCCUGCAGAACUAUAUGUUAGGCUGCGCAGACUUGAUGAGUGGCCGCAUCGCUCACUGUGAUGAGUACUGCAGGAACUCACUCAUCGCUCUCACCUCUACAGAGGAAGGACACGACCUUAUGGAUUGCUGGUGUAGUGACGAUUACUGCCGGGAGACCAAGGGUCGGGUGGAGGUGUGUAGGACGGAGGUCAUGGCGGCCAACGCUGACGCCACUGUCGUAUCCUGCAGCGUCGCCCACUGGAUCUGCUCGGCGGACACUCUCUGCUCCACCGCCAUCAGCUACUACGAUCGCUUCUGCCGAAGGAUGUUCGUUGGGAAAGGGUGCAGCCUGAGAUGUAACAACAGCAUCUCCAUCCUGCAGCGGCAGAAGGCGGCUGCCAAGCUGGAGACGUGUGUAUGCGACGGUACAGAGACCUUCGACUGUGCCGGCAUCAAGAAGAACAUGGCGCGACUCUGCUUCCACCAGUUCGAUGAAGAGGAGCUGCAGAGAGAGGAGGAGGAGACGAACCAGGUGGAUACCACUUCCGUCUCCAAGGCGAGACUGAACUCUGCGUCGGGUCCUGGAGGUGGCCAUGCCGUCGCCUGGGUCACCACGGCUCUGUACGUCCUCAUCUCCGCUGUUGUUCGGUGGAUGACAGUUGUACAUUAGGUAAUAUUAGCGUGUACAUUAGCAAGAGUUUAACCUACCCAAAGGGAGACCAGAACUUCCAGGUCCAGUUCCAGAACUGGACCUGGAAGUCCAACUCUGGUCCAGCGCCCUCCACUCGGCCGGUGGACGCCUGUAGGGACGACGUCCUCUCAGUACAACUUCUGGAGGAGGAAGGAACCUUACUCCUGCGUCCCUUCGUCAGAGAGGAGUUCUCCAGCAAUGUCAGGAGAUGGAUUAUCUCCGUCGUCUGUGUCUUGUUAUUCACGUGUGGGUGAUAUAGGGGUUUCGACUGUGAAUGUUAGUGGCGGAAUGACUGUUUCGACUGUGAUUGUUAGUGGCGGAAUGACUGUUUCGACUGUGAAUGUUAGUGGCUGCAUAACUGUUCCAACUGUGAAUGUUAAGACACGAGUGAAUGUUAUCUACGUAGUGACGACCAGAGUGCCCUUCCACAUAAGAGCUACUAUCCCAACCCCUACUUCUGUAAUGUCCUUAUAUUUCAAAGUCUGACUACUUCCAUACUUGCUGGACCAUAGCUGUGUGUCCCGUUGCUGUUCAAAGGUUGAAAUACCCGAAGCCACUGUAUCCUUUCAUAUCUUAUGCCCCCCCCCCCCAAAGACUUAACGCGGUACAGACUUCGCGGGACAGUUAACAAGGCAGUUUACCAACAUCCCUCCUAAGAAUGCUUCAGAGAAUGACACACGACGUCGCUACAACGUCGCUACGACGUUCCAGCGAGGUUUAACGCGUAUAAUAAUUGUAACAACCAAUUAAGCAACUUGUAACAACGUUCUAAUACGUUAUAAAAACGUUAUUACUAGUUACAAUAAGGGGGAAUUAUAGGGACCAUUAGGUUAUUUGUGUUUGCAGAGUGCAAACUUCCGGAUUAUAUCCAUCCGGUUCGUAGCAUGAUAAUUCCCCUGAUGAUGAACACUUAGUGAAGCUCACUCUUUAAGAUGUCCAACCACUUGGGCUGGACGGUAGAGCGACGGUCUCGCUUCAUGCAGGUCGGCGUUCAAUCCCCCGAGACCGUCCACAAGUGGUUUGGGCACCAGUCCCUUUCCCCCUCCGUCCCAUCCCAAAUCCUUAUCCUGACCCCUUCCCAGUGCUUUAUAGUCGUAAUGGCUUGGCGCUUUUCCCCCUCAUAAUCCCCCCCCCCCCCCUCACUCUUUUAAGAUGCUGUAAAAUAAUGCAACCUGCAGGACGUAUUGAAUGUUGUCUUGAGAGGCUCGCAAGACACCUUAACUACUGACUACAGUUCACUCAACGUUCUCACUGACUCACUUACAAGUCGAUUACUCACCGGUUGAGCAGGCAACCCCCCCCCCCCUUCCACACACACACACACUCACACACUCACACACACACACACACACCCACACACCCCCACACACACACACCCACA